GUCAUGCAAUCUAUGUGUUCAGUUUAUAAAUACGUACAAAUCACUAAAUAAUUCAUUCUACAUUCAACGCUUGUUGAAAACAAUCAAACAAACAUGUCUACCUUCGCUUUCUUCGUCCUCUGCGCUCAAGCUUGCCUCAUUAGCUCGGUGUACAGCCAGUACCUGGGUUGUGGACCAGCGCUGGCCCCAGCCAUGGCCAUGGGAGUGCCUGCGAUGCCCCUCGCCGCGCCCAUGUACGACCCCAUAGUCCGCGGUGGAUGCGGCGCCGCUUAUGGAGGCUCUGGCAUCGGAAACCUGGCUGUCGCCGGUGAGCUGCCCGUGGCUGGUACCACCGCCGUCGCCGGUCAGGUGCCCAUCAUCGGCGCCGUGGAGUUCGGUGGACCCGCUGCUGCCGCUGGUGCUGUCACCAUCGCUGGUAGCUGCGGCUGCGGAUGCGGUGCUCCCUACAUGUACUAAGAACAAUCUUUUAUAUCAGUUACAUAUCAAAAAUAAAAUUUGUACACUCAAA